AAUCAGUAUAACAAACAUACUUUACGAUGAAUACGUGGCUAAUACACGCCGUAGCACUGGUAGCCUACCUGUGCCCAGCCGUUCAACCAUUAGGCACUGAAUGUGGGGGCAAAGAGCUAACCCGUAGUCCCCAACAGGACUAUUGGCUACCGACGCUCAAACACGAGGAAUACGCCCCUUUCCACAGUAACCCGGGUCAGUACCAAGUGUUUCGUAACGUUAAGGACUACGGGGCCAAAGGGGACGGUAUUACCGAUGAUACCGAUGCUAUACUAAAGGCUGUUGACGCGGGUGGCCGUUGUGGACAGGGAUGUGGCUCUAGUACUGUAUCACCGGCUAUAGUGUACUUCCCAUCCGGGAAAUACCUCAUCAGUCGACCGCUACUACAGCUAUAUUACACGCAAUUCAUCGGCGAUGCCAUACACCUACCGGAGCUCAUUAUGGCACCCAAUUUCCAGGGUGAUAAAGUCAGAGCCCUGGUCACUGCUAAUGUUAAUAACAUGUGGGAACCAACAUGCAACUUUUAUCGUGAGGUACGCAAUCUGAUACUGGACCUGACCAGGGCACCUGCCAAUCACGAGGUAGCCGGUAUACAUUGGCAGGUUGCUCAGGCUACCGCGGUGACCAAUGUGCAUGUGAAAAUGAGCCAGGCACCCGGUAAUAAUCACGUGGGUCUCUUUAUCGAAAGUGGUAGCGGGGGCUAUGUAUCGGACUUGACAUUUGAUGGUGGUAGAUACGGUAUGCAACUGGGCAAUCAACAGUUUACCACGCGCAAUGUUACAAUUAAGCACGCUAAUGUUGGCAUACAAACUAGCUGGCUAUGGGGCUGGACGUUUAAAAAUAUUCGCAUUGAGGAUUGCAGUUCAGCAGGUAUCGACAUAUCUGCGGGAGGGGAGGGCGCCCAAAAAAUCGGAUCCCUGACCCUCAUGGACUCCGAGAUUACUAACACUCCCGUCGGUGUGCAUACCGUAAGCAGCCCUACCUCUAAACCCGCAGGUGGUGGCGCCCUAAUACUGGACAAUGUCAAGCUAACCAACGUAGCCAAGGCUGUAGCUAAACCUAAUGGGCAGACCGUACUCGAUGGUGGUAGCAAGAUCAUACAGUCGUGGGGUCAGGGUCGAUUUUACGACGCAACAGGCAAUGGUGAAUAUAAGCAAGGUCCACUGACAGCUCCCUCCAAACCUACAGCCCUAUUGGACGGGAACGGGAAGUUUGUUGAGCGCCCGAAACCCGAGUACACGGACGUAGCUAUGGCUGACUUUAUUAGCGUUAAGGCUGAAGGUGCCAAAGGGGACGGCAGUACCGAUGAUACCAAGGCUAUCCAACAGACCCUGAGCAAGUGGGCGGGCUGUAAGGUUAUAUACUUCCCCAGCGGAGAUUACGUGGUGUCCGACACGGUAGAGGUGCCCGCGGGCUCCCGACUAGUCGGCGAGCUAUGGCCCACGAUAUUGGCUACCGGUGCCAAGUUCUCGGACCCCAAAAACCCUAUACCCGUAUUCAAAGUGGGCAACCCUGGUGACGUAGGUGUGGCCGAAAUUAGCGACUUUAUAUUCUCAGCGGCGGGUCCCGUGCCCGGGGCUAUACUCCUCCAGAUAAACAUCAGGGAACCGGAGGGUCAACAGGCGGGGGUCGGUGUAUGGGACACCCAUUUCCGUGUGGGCGGGGCUACGGGUACGAAACAGGAGGGCAACUGCAACCGUGGGGGUGGAGUCAAACACGAGUGUCAGGGGGCGUUCCUAAUGCUACACGUGGGGGCCACAGGUAGUGCCUACGUUGAGCACAUGUGGGCGUGGCUGGCAGACCAUGGCCUUGACAGUGGUGGCCAGACCUCCAUAUAUAACGGUCGGGGUAUUUAUAUCGAGUCCAAGGAGGGCCCGGUAUGGGGCUAUGGCACGGCCUCCGAGCAUAACGUGUUGUAUCAGUACAAUAUAGCCAACGCUAAGAAUGUGAUACUGGGGCUCAUCCAGACUGAGACCGCCUAUUAUCAGUCCAGUCCACCGGCCCCACAGCCGUUCACAUCCCUGGCCCAGUAUAACGACCCGGACUUUAGUCACUGCAAACAGGGCUCCCAGACGUGUCCCAUGGGAUGGGGUCUCAGGAUUUACAACUCGAAACAGGUGUAUGUCUACGGGGCCGGGCUCUACAACUUUUUCCAGAAUUACGGACAGGGAUGCCUGGGUCAGGAGCACUGUCAGGACAGUAUGGUGUCCAUUGAGAAGUCCCCGAAAAAUGUGUUUUUAUAUAACCUGAACACUAAGGCCGCGGAUAAUAUGGUGAGUGUUGACGGACAGAGUCGUGUGAAACAGGCGGACAAUAGGGCCGACUUCUGCUCCACUAUUGCCGGCUAUUUCCAGCAC